AUGUUAUUAGUCUUUUUAUUAGUUCUGAGUGUUCAUGCAGAUUUGCCAGUACAUUGUGUUCGUCAUUAAAUUGUAGGGAAAUGGCAAUUAGAGUUCACAGAACCAUAAAUUAAAGGUAAAUUGAUAGAUUCACCUAGGCAGUGGACCAUUGACAUGUGGUCAUAAUGUACCUGAUAAUGAACGUACAUCAUAAAUUGCAGGAUAGAAUACAUUUAAGAAGGCUUUUACACAUGAAGUUAUAUUAACUGCUAAAAACAAUGUUGUAUAAAAGAAGAAAUUGUAAGGCAAAUGGACAAUGGUGUAUGAUGAAGGAUUUGAGGUUGAUUUUUCACAUUACAAAUGUUUUGCUUUUUCAAAAUACAAGACAAAUUAUUCUGGUGCUUAUUCAUAUUGUGGAGAGACUUUGAUUGGAUGGUAUUAGAAUACAGAGACAAAUGAAAGAGGAUGUUAUAGAGCAUAUAAAAUAGAGAAGACUCACAAAGUAUCAGAAGGUGCUAAUAAUGGACAUGUUGUUCAACCUUAAUUCUUUUAAUAUUAAAAUUCAGGAGUGAAUAAGAUUUGGUCUAGGAUUGAUGCAUUAAAUUUUGUUGAGUAGAUUAAUAGAGCAAAUUUAUAAUGGAAAGCAAAGGCAUAUGGAGAAAUAAUUGGAUUGACAACAAAGUAGUUGAAUAAGUAUGCAGGAAGAAGAAAACAUUCAUCAACUAUUUUAUUGGAGAAAUAAAAAAAAAAAUAAUAAUUAUUAGAAUAUGAUUUAAGUCAUUUGCCUAAAGAAUUUUCAUGGGAAAAAUAUUUAGGAAAGAAAAUAUAUGAAUAAAAAGGAUGUGGAUCAUGUUAUACUAUUUCAACUAUGACUAUGUUAUCUGCUAGAUUAAGAAUAAAAGGAUUGAAAGUUGAUUUAUCACCUUAACAAUCUAUAGAUUGCAAUUAUUACAAUUAAGGUUGUGAUGGUGGUUAUCCAUUUUUGGUUGAGAAAUACUUAACAGAAUUGGAUGGUAUGAUUUUUGAAGAAAAAGAAUAUCCUUAUAAAGGAUAGGUAGGUACAUGCAAAGCAAUUGAGAAAAAGAAAAAGUUUAGAGUUAUUAAUUAUAGAUUUAUUGGGGGAGCUUAUGGUAAAUCAAAUGAAUUAAACAUAAUGGAAGAGAUCUAUAAGAAUGGACCAGUGGUUUUGAAUUUUGAACCAUCUUUUGAUUUCAUGUUCUAUGUUGGAGGUGUCUUUCAUUCCACAAUUCCUGAUUGGAUUAUCAAUGGAUUAGCAAAACCAGAAUGGGUAUUAUAGAUAAAAUUAAUAUAAAAAGGAAAAAGUUGAUCAUUCAGUAUUAUGUUACGGUUGGGGAGAAGAGAAUGGCAUUAAAUAUUGGUUACUAUAGAAUAGUUGGGGUAAACAAUGGGGAGAGAAUGGUAGAUUUAGAAUGAAAAGAGGAUAAGAUGAAUCAUCAAUAGAAAGUAUGGCAGAAGCAGCAGAUAUAGAGAUUAUUCAUGAUUUUUGA